ACUUGUCGAGUCCAUUGCAGGAGGCAGUGCCGUGUAAUCAGCAGCAGUGAAGCUCGGUCUGUGACAUGGUUAGACCUUUUCUUUUUUCGAUAUCUCACAACCCUGUGCGUUUGUGAGCAGUUCAAACCGACACGAUUAUUGUUCACGCUUUUACAGCUUUGCACUUUGUUGGACUUUUCAUAUAGGACUUGCACAUCUGCCCACGGCUGGCGUAGUUCAAGAGAGGCGGUGCGUCUUGUGUGUUUGUAAAGGGGGUUUUCACUUUUGAUUCGCAUCUCUUAAAUAAUAAUAAAAAAACAAAAACAAAGGAUCAUCCAAAGUGGAGCUGUGGUCACUGGACAGAGUGUAAGGUGUGAGGAGAUAAGAGGAAGAAGACAAAGAAGCGAAACCUAAACACAGGAGAGCACUGUGAAGAGAGAGAGAGAGAGAGAAGAGGAACAGCAUCAUGGGGAAACAGAACAGCAAGCUGCGGCCGGAGGUGCUCAACGAUCUGCGCGAGAACACCGAGUUCAGUGAGCACGAGCUGCAGGAGUGGUAUAAGGGCUUCCUGAAGGACUGCCCCACAGGUCACCUCACUGUGGACGAGUUCAAAAAAAUCUAUGCCAAUUUCUUUCCAUAUGGAGACGCCUCCAAAUUUGCCGAGCAUGUCUUCAGAACAUUCGACACUAAUGGUGAUGGGACUAUUGACUUCAGAGAGUUCAUUAUCGCACUGAGUGUGACGUCACGAGGGAAGCUGGAGCAGAAGCUGAAGUGGGCCUUCAGUAUGUAUGACCUGGAUGGCAAUGGUUAUAUCAGCCGAGCAGAGAUGUUGGAAAUCGUACAGGCAAUCUAUAAGAUGGUUUCAUCUGUGAUGAAGAUGCCAGAGGAUGAGUCCACUCCAGAGAAGAGAACUGAUAAGAUUUUCAGACAGAUGGACACCAAUAAAGAUGGAAAGAUUUCUCUGGAGGAGUUUAUUAAAGGUGCCAGGAGCGACCCCUCGAUCGUCCGCCUCCUCCAGUGUGACCCGAGCAGCGCCAGUCAGUUCUGAGUGGAACAACCACAGUACACUAACAGUGUUCACUCGAGUCCAAAGUGAACAUGGUAAGUGUUUGUGUGAGCAUAAGAAUGUGGUUGUUGUAGUUAUCAUCACAUUUACUAAUUUCUCAGUGGUAUUAGGGACCAAUUUUGAAAUGUGAAUGCUAAAUGGAGGUCAGUGAGCACUUUUAUCAGUCCUAUUACCUGUCACGUAGACUAAAAACUACAACUUGUUAUAGACUGAGAAUAUUUUGUUGUGUAUGUUGUGUAUGUAUGUAAUAUAACAGCAGGUCAUAAUGGGAAAUGUUUAGAGAAGAGAAGCACUGCUUGGCAUUAUGUUCAUGAUUAGCCAUGAAACUAGGGGCCUGAUUUACUAACAUUUUAAGUAAAGAGGCUAAAUUGUGUGUGUGUGUGUGUGUGUGUGUGUGUGUGUGUGUGUGUGUGUGUGUGUAAUCUACUAAACUGUACACUGAGCUGGUGGGUGUGUUAUGAGUGAUUUACAAAGAGUUAUUGUAUCAAAUGAUUUUCUACUGAUGGCCAUGGAGAGUUCAGCUCUAACUCCCUGAAAUAUAGGUCUCAUUAGCCACGGUUGCAGUCUCCUUUCAUACGUCAAUGUCCCCACAACAUUAGCAACGGUUAGAAUCGCUCACAAACCGAUGUAAGACUAUGAAAGUGGUGCAGCUCUACCUUGACAAAAAUCCAACUAAAUUUGCUUUAUUACAGACAGGUGAUUUAAAUGCAAAUGUACAGUACAUGUAUGCUGAUAACCUUAACUGCUAGAAGCUUGGACAAAGAAGUGGGAUGUAGACUAAAUGAAAAUGUACAGUGAGACAGAAGUUAUCAUAAACCAAUACCUAACAUAAUAGCCUAUAAUAGUCUAAUAAUAAAUCAGAUUAGAGAUUUCAAGACUUACUUUUUAAAUCCACAUAACCAGGAACCAGAACUAACAAGAUUAUAUAAAAAAAAAAUAUCACAAAGUAUAUGCUUAGUGUAACAAUACCAAUUUAACAACACAUGAUUAUAAAUUCACCAAGUAAUAUAAUGUAAGCUAAAGCAGCAGCCACUCCAAGCUAGCUUAGGUACAUCAGGAUAUAGCCAAAUAAUUUAGUUCUCUUAAUUUGAGGUGUCAAUGAUUAUUAUAUCGAAAUGCUGCAUAUAGUGUGCUGGGGGUUACCGAAAAAUAUUCAUGGCUGCUCUAAACUCAGCUCCAUGAGUAAAAUCUGGAAAUCUGGACUCUGGAAAGUCAACCUCGCCAGGAGAGAUGAAAUGUAACCCAAAAUGGCAUUUGGAUUUCCUAUAUCUAUGCCCAGAAGAGUAAAUCUCAUGUAAGUAGGUAUACCGCUGAUUAAAGGCAGUGAGACACACAACUGAUGCAAAACAAGGCUUCAAGCUCUCUUUAAAUGUAGUUGGUAUCUGAGGUGCAAAUGUGACUUUGGCAUUAGUUUCAGUCAGUGAGACACAUGCUGUGUCUGAAAUCUCAGAUUGAGUCAUUAUAUACAAUGCCUUGCAUAAGUAUAUGCAUCCAUUUUUGCCUUGCAUAAGAGUUUCAGAAUAAAUCCCUCACAACCAUUAGAAUUUGUAAUUAUCUCAAGAAGUCUUAUUUUAAUUUUCAUGUAUAAAGUGUUUGUAUUAUUAUUAUUAUUAUUAUUAUUAUUAUUAAUUGUUUCAUGUGUUAUGUUGGAGAGUGCUUUGUGCACGUUCAUAAUUUCUGGCUGAAAAUGCAAACUUUUUUAUAGAAUCAGUUUUUUCCACAUUAUUCAGCUUGCAAUGUGGACUGAUCUUAUUCUGUUUUUUUUAUUUUAGGGUAUAAAAUUUGCUGUGUUUUUAUUUGUAACUGUUUUAUAUUUUUUUUAUAUUGGCAACAUUCUGCUUGGCAGGUUUCUAGUAUUUUGUUCAUGGAUAUUCAUCAGCAUGUAUUAGUGAUUGUUCUUUUAUAAAAGCAAUGAUUUUAUCAUGUUUGUGUCAGACACUUACUGUUGCAUGUAUUAUGGCACUUUUUACAUCAGUAUUGUAAAUGAGAUGGCCGUAUUAAUAUUGAUAUUUUGUAUUCUAUGCCCUUAUCGUUUUUAAUGGUGCAUUUAAGGACACCACUAUGGAAUAUAGUGAAGCCCAAUGUGAAUGCAUUUCUGCUUUUUGCUUCUCUAUUUCUCUGAAUGUAAUAAUACUCUACCAUUCACAAAUUGAUGCAUUAUAUCAGCCUGCCACAUACUAUAUCUCCCUUCAUUCCUGUUGGAUAACGAGUUUCUAUGAUGUAGAUUAUGUGUAUGCAACUUCAUCAUUUUCAAUUUCCAUCACCAUAGAAACUGUGGUUUGAUUUGUAAGACGCUGCUUGACUGAGACAGUUAUGGAGAUGCGUCUGACCUCGUAACUGGCCUUUUUCCAAGCCUUGUAAAAACACGCCAUCAGGAACAUGUCAAAUGAAGUGUUACUGGAAGUGUUAAGUAAACACUGCUAGUGAAAACAGAACCGGAAUGAAGGCAAAUCAAGUCAGAAUUUUGAUAAUGAACGUAGCAUGUUAAAUCCCUCCAUGACAACUAUGGCAUGAAUCUAGUGAAUCUUGACAUUUUGUUUUCAGAUAUGUUGUUCAUGGUUAUAACAGAUGUCUUGCAGUAUUUAUAAAGGGAACUGUAACUGUGCUGUUAAUAGAAAAUCUCUGGAGUGUUACUGUGAUCGUUCUUCUUUUGUUUCCAUUAAAAGCUUGUGCUUCCUUCUUGGAUUGAAUGAG